CCACUCACUCUCACAUGAUUUGUUGUUUAUUUAAUUGAAUACGUAAAUAAUUGAAUAAGUAAAUUAAGUAAUAAAUACACAAACGUUACAAGUUACAGUCAGAAUACAAAUAAUCUUAAUUUUUAAUUAAACAGAACAAAUUGUGUACGGGUUCUUUGUUCAUUGAGUCUACUUUUAUCUACCUGUGUGUAUGAGGACUACAGCACCAGAUGUGAAAUUUUCACCGUUCUGAUGCAAAAAUCCUUUGUUGAUAUGUUAACUGUUAACUGCAAGUGAUAAGUGAUAUCUCUUAUCACCUGCUUCAAAGCAAAUAGUUGAAAAAAAUAUGUGGAAAUACAUCGGUGGUACUGUCGUCGUAGGUUCAGUAACUUACGGUCUAUAUCGGUAUUUUGCUGGAGGUGUUUGUAAAUGUACAGCGCGACUGGACGGUUUAGUAGUGGUUAUAACAGGCGGGAAUUCUGGAAUUGGUAAAGCUCUAGCUGUAGAAUUAGCACAAAGGGGUGCGAUUCUUGUUCUUGCAUGCAGAGAUAUCGAAAAAGGUAUCAACGCAAAGAAAGAUAUUUUACUAAGUUUGAAUAACAAAAACGUGAAGAUAUUUGUUAAACGACUGGAUCUUGCCUCAGUUAGUAGCAUUUUGAAGUUUUCUGAAUCACUGAAGUCAGAGUUUAACGAGAUUUAUGCGUUGGUUAACAAUGCUGGGAUUUUUUACCACCCACAUACAGUCACUGAGGAUGGUUAUGAAAUAACAUUCCAAACCAAUUACUUGGGACAUUUUAUCCUAACGCACAAUCUACUCAGCUUACUAAAAAAAGCAGACCAUUCCAGGAUUGUUAACGUGACGUCUGAAGCUCAUAGAUUAGUAAAUGUUUAUGAUUUAAACGCCGUCACAAAAUCACAGACUGAAUUUCGCUCGCAUUUAGUCGCUUAUGGAGUAACGAAACUCGCUUUGAUUUUAUUCACGCGCUACUUAUUUAAGAAGUUAUCAAACACAAAUAUAAUAGUAAACGCUGCUAACCCAGGGAACGUGGAAACAAACAUUUACCGUCAUUUCCCCUUCUUGAGCAAUAAAUUUUUGUACGGUCUUCAGUGGCCAAUCAGACAAAUCGUUGUCAAGAGCCCCCGACAAGGAGCCCAAACGAUUCUGCACUGUUUGUUAACAUCAAACAGAACAACUGGACAGUAUUACAGUGAUUGCAAGUUGUCUUUACCAAGUCCUCUUGCUUUGGAUGAUAAACUUGCAAAGGAUUAUUAUGAACUGACUUUGGAGAUACUAGGUGAUAGGUUCAGUACAGAAUCGGAGUGUUAA